UCACAACCUCCAUCUAACUUCAUGGUCAGUGCAACCUCUUCCACCAGUGUCAGAGCAUCCUGGCAGUUACCAGCAGAAAAGUCUAGAAAUGGAAUAAUCAAAGGUUUUAAAUUGUUUUACAACAAGAGAAGCUCUUCAGUGCCAGGAACCGUCAUUUCAAUCAAUAGUGAAUCAACUUUAAACAUAGAGGUCAUUGGUCUUGAUAAGUACACAGAAUAUGAAUUUCAAGUGUUGGCCUUUACUUCUUCUGGUGAUGGAACAAACAGCUCUGUGGUUUUUAAGAGAACAAAAGAGGAUGUUCCUUCAAAGCCUCCUAGUGGCUUUAAUCUGACUGCAUCCUCUUCUACUAGUAUUACAGCAUCUUGGCAGUUACCACCAGAAAAGUCCAGAAAUGGAAUAAUCAAAGGAUUUAAAUUGUCCUAUCAAAAGAAAGGUUCCGCAGGGCCAGGAUUGGAGCGGCUCAUAACAGAUAAGACUAAGCGCAUUGAAGAAGUCACUAGGCUUGACAAGUACACAGAAUAUGAAUUUAAAAUACUGGCUUUCACUUCUGUUGGUGAUGGACCAAAGAGUUCCAUUUUAACUGAAAGAACAAAAGAAGAUGGUGAGACGUAGAAAAUUAAUAAUGUUGCCUACAUACUUGCUUGAAUUUCCUCCUAUAUGAACCUUUCUUUCUUUUCAUAAUAUUAAUAGAACAGCUGUUUAAGAAAACAUAGGAGGCUGGUAAGAAUUAUGAUCAGUGCAACGGUCUAUGCACUAGUGUUAACUACAAACCUACAGAUUCACAUAGUUACUUGUUGUAUUCAUCUUCGCAUCCAUCACACGUCAAGAAUUCUAUACCUUGUUGAAAGUUUCUCAGACUUCGUAGUUUAGGUAGUGACAACUCUGAUUCUUACGAAAAAUCAGAAGCAAUGUGCUAAAUUCUCGAUAAACAUGGCUAUCCUGUUUCUGUCGUUCUAGCGGGCGACCACUGUGCUCAACAAAUUGAUCGACAGAUAGCACUACAAAUGGCUGAGAAGUAAAACACUGAUCGCUUUUAUUCACUCUCACAUUUCACCCUCA